AUGACUCUGUCCAGGACCCUGGAGCUGUCCCACAGACCCGCCGCUCUGGCUCUGGACGAGGAUGAGAUCGACAUAGUGGGCGAGGACGAGCCCAGCACCGGACACUUUUACCCGAGCAGUGACCCGGGCUCCUCCGCCGAGUCCGGGCCUGAGUUUGAUUCCUCGGAGCCCGAGUCCUCAGGGGAGAGCGAGGGCAGCUUCUGCGCAGACACGGCCUCGAGUAGGAAGGGUCAAGGCAGCGCGGUGAAGCCGCCGUACUCUUACAUCGCGCUCAUCACAAUGGCCAUCCUUCAGAGCCCGCACAAGAAGCUCACCCUGAGCGGCAUCUGUGACUUUAUCAGCAACAAGUUUCCCUACUAUCGCGAGAAGUUCCCAGCCUGGCAGAACUCCAUCAGACACAACCUUUCUCUCAACGACUGUUUCAUCAAGAUCCCACGAGAGCCAGGAAACCCGGGCAAAGGCAAUUACUGGUCUUUGGACCCAGCCUCUGAGGACAUGUUCGACAACGGCAGUUUCCUCCGCCGCAGGAAGCGCUUCAAGCGACACCAGCCCAAAGACGGAUUCAUGUACAUCCCCGGAUACCGGCCCUAUCCCCAGUACUGUGUGCAGCGCCAGAGCCCGCCCGCAGUGCCCUUUCCCUACAUGGGUGUACCAGAGGGCCCCCUGAUGCCCGCAUCUUACCCGCUCCUGCCUCAGUCUUUGGGUAAAACCAGCGUCGCUCCCGCAGACUUCAGACCGGACUUUAAAAGUGCUCUUCCACAACCAGUCAAGUCUGCGCCGCGUCCCAAGUGCUCGUUCAGCAUCGACAGCAUCAUGAGCAGACCCGCCUCCAGCAGCAGCCCACCGGACUCCAGCCGGACACUUCCGCAGAGCGCGCACGGUUACGCACAGCUCGUUCCCGGCGCUGCGUCAUACAUGAUGCCCGCGCUCGUGCCCACAACCCAGUUCUGUCCAGCACCGGUUCUGGCGACGACUCCUCUUCUGGCUGACCCGCUCCGAAUGGGCUAUCCCCGCUGCUAG